AUGUCGCUCGCUUCAGAGGCAAGAGCAGCCACUCUCUGUGCAGAACGUAAAAACUCCACCCCUCAUGUGCCUGCGGUAGCCUCGUCCUCCAUGCUUUCCUUAGACUCUCAAGUUCAUCAGCAAUUGCAGCAACCACAAGUUGCUGCGGAAAGAUCAGAAACCCAUGUUAGCUAUCAAAGGGAUGCUUCUUUGACCUCCUCGGAUACCUUACACACUUCAUCAUCAUCCUCAUCAUUCAACUCUCCAUUCAAAAUUGUCGUAGGCAAAGUCCUUAAUAUUUACCUCGAGCUGAAAACGAAUGAAAUCAUGUAUGAGGCAGUGCAGAAAAUACUAUAUACAUUUAUCUUUUUGUAUUACAUGUAUUUGAAUUUAAUUGUACCCAUCCUUUGUUCCUUCUCUUCCUACGACCGUAAUAUGUUUAUCAACAAUAAGAAUACAUCUCCCUUCGGAUUAUACGGAGAUUUUAUCAUGCGUAUUCUAAGUUAUGGAAUUACCUUUUCAUUGGACGCCAUCAAUUCCUUGGAGAUUUAUGUGGCCCUUUGCUGUGUGGCCACUGCCGUUAUUGCUCUAUAUCUCAUCACCUUAGCCAUUCAAUACAAGAGCACCAAGGGAAACUUCCAUCACAAAAUUCAAACACUGAACAUGUUUUUCGGUGUAGUGAUUUUACUGAUUGCCCCAGUAUCCAUCUUCCUUAUGACUACUUUUGUGGAUUCCAAUCCGAGAGAACUCUUGUACUCGGAGAAGUAUGGCGUUCAACCUUCUCUCACCCGACUGCCCUUAAUGACCUAUCUCGGUGAACAGACCUUGCCAUUCUUUAUACUCUCUUUUUUUAGUAUGAUCUUUGUGUUGUGUGGAUGGUUUGUGGCUACCAUGUUCAUGCCAUUGAAUAACCCCAAGUCACGUCUUCUCUUUGUCAACUCCGAUAAUUUGAUCAUUGCCAUUCCAUUUGUUUCUAUUGGUUUGGAAGUGAUGAUCAAAUUUCUCAUACCUCCCACGUUGUUGUAUGUUCGAGCAGUCGUGCAGUUGAUGGGAGCACUGUUUCAACUGAUUCUCUUUUUCAUACACAUGCCUUUCUUUAGACGAUGGGAAAACUCACUCUUUGUGUCCGCAUUGAGUGGGAGAGUUUCAUCAAGUAUAGGUAUGCUGAUCAGUGGAGCUGUUUUUAAUUCCUUAUCGUCGACAUCCUCCAUAAGCACUGAAUUAGGUCUGGGAAUGAUGGCUUUAACCCUUGGACUAUGUCUUUUUGGAAGUAUAACAGGAGGUGUUGUGUGUGAAACUUAUGCUCGAAGUUUGUGCAAUUCAUUACAAAGGAAAUUACUAACCGUGGAAGCACAAAAUGAAAACGAGAACGUCAAUAUCUAUGCCCUUGAAGGUGAAAACAACCGACGAUUGAGCCUAUUUCUUCGAUUCUCCUUGUUUCGAUCUGAAGAGUACCUCAAUUUGGCUUGCUCUUUUGUUAAAAGCGCAUUUCAUCAGAGGUUAUUGAAAGACUGCAACGUUUUCAUCGCCGCAAGCUAUGUGGUGACCUAUACAGAAAACACAGAAAAUAAUAAUUGUGUCAUUGCUAAUGCAUUACUCAAAAAGGCGCAAAGUUUGUGCGACAAUGUAUGGGUUCUUACGAGGAUUCAAGAGCAAUUAAGGGACGUUGAACUGGAAAAUUCUUCAACAUCAGCAAGCGGUAGACAUGGUAUUGAGUUGAAAACUAUUAUAACGAAGCUGGAAAAUAAGCAAGAGGAUCUUUUGACUGCUCAAAAAACAUUUUGGAAAGAAUUUCUUUCUGAAACCCCAAAUGCUGACAAAAUCGAAUUGAUUAAUAGAAGAGUCAAUGAGCUAGCUCAAUACUGUGACAAAAUGUACCGCCAUUUAAUGUCAAAUUUCAGGCACAACAAACGAGUAUUGCGUCUUUAUGCAAGCUACAUUGAACAAUUCAAAUUUGACAAGGAGUAUGCAAACUUUUUGUACGACGAGGCAAAUCAACUCGAAGAAGAAGAAUCCAAGUCGAAGCAUUUCCCAAAGGUCCCAAAAAACAAAGUCAUACCCAUGAUUACGGUAAAAGCAUUAAGCACUUCCAGCAUUAAUACAAUACCAGUGGUUAUCCAAAGCAAUGAGAAUGAUAUUCUCGAAAAAGAAACCUUUGAAGGUAUUGAAAACCAACAAGUGGAUAAGAAACAAGUGUUUUUUAGAAGCACCUUAAGUGUUCCAUACCGUUCAACAUUUAGAAACGCCUCCUUUAUCUCUGUAUCAAGCAUUUCAAUGGCCAUACUUGUCGUUUCUCUUGCCUUAUGUUUGAGUUUAGGUCGAGUAGAAUUUGACAUUCCUCUUGCUCUUGAAAGUUGCUUACCUGGUGUGGCUCCAUCAUCUCUCAUCAGAGAAGUGAGAAUGAGACAAAUUAUGAUCGAGCUUUUCAAAAAUCAAAAAAGAAAUUUACCUCAAAAUAAUUUAACAGCCGAAGGUGUUCAAGUUCUCAAAUAUCAACAAUCUUACAUGCAGAGAUUUAAGAAUUGUAGGGAUUAUUUGGAACAACUGAUCACAAAUUCAGUGUCCAAUAAGUACAAUACCAAAAUAUAUACAGAUUACACAGUUCCAGAAAAUUUACUCAACAUUCCAGUGGCUACUGAAGGGACUGUUAUUGAAUAUACAAACAGUUUCAAACAAAACAAUUCACUGAGCGAAAUUACUCAGGAGCUUAUUCACUUUACUGAUCUAUUCCUAAGUUGGAGAGAUGAAGAUUUUAACAAAACUACAACUUCCUAUCCAUUCAUGUAUCUAUAUCUCAACCGACGAACAGCUGCCGACGCUUACGCAUUAUUUUGUUCCAAGUUCCAAACUGCUCGUGAGAGAAAAUCAAAAUAUUGA